UUUUUGAUCGCCCGUUAUUCUCUGAUUGUAGCUCAGAAUGAAAGCGAGAAAAUCUAAUAUUCCUUGAACAACUGUCAAAACAAUUAUUUUGUUGAUUUACAAAAGGCAACUAAUCCAAAUUUUCGCAGCGAUGAAGAAGAAAUCGAACAAAUUUAAGCCGUUUCUAAAAAGUCCUAGAUACUUAGUAGGACAAGUAGACCAAGACACAAUCAUUAGUGACUUGCGAAAUUAUAACAAUCACCGUUACCAGUUGUUUACUGCCAAGCCUCGAAUUGACACAAAACCGCUUCCCAUGAAUCCGCAUAAAUAUGUCAAUUCCCAGAGACUAGUGAACGACAGAUUUAGAAUGUCUGAGAUCAAUAGGCAAAAUCGAGCUAUGAUUCAAAAAAUUAACGUCAUCAACAGAAACGGGGGAUGGAUCGAUACGUUUAAUCCUAUAGCAUACUCAUACAGAUCGAGAUGGAGGGCGCAUGAACUCAAUAUGAAAGAAAUAGAACGCACGAAUAUAGUUACGUACCAAAAAAUUGUAAAUGCGAAAUCGGAAUACGAAACGAAAGAAUUGGAUGAAAACUGGAAACAUGUUGUUGAGAAGCUAAGGAACUCUUCUAAGUAUCCAUGUGUAUUGUUAGAUAAGAAAUCUCUGGAUUAUCACAUACGCCAACAACCGUCAAUAUCUAGUCUUGAAGAUUUAGAAAAAAAUGAGAGGCCGAAAGUUUUCAUGGACUUUCGAGUAAAAGAUGGAGCAUACCUAGGAAGAAUAAUUAUAGAGUUGUACAGUGAUUAUGUACCAGUUACUGUACAAAAUUUCAUUUCAUUGUGUUGCAAACUUGACGGACUUACCUAUAAAAACUGCCAAGUGCAUCGCGUUGCUCCUGGAAAAUAUGUUGAAACUGGUGAUAUUACGAAAGGGAACGGAAAGGGGGGUACGUCCAUAUACGGCGAGACGUUUCCAGAAGAAAAUCAUCGAUUGAAACAUACAAAGAUGGGUGUUUUGUCAAUGGUUCCUGUGAGAAAUGGAUUGAACAAUUCUCAGUUUUCAAUUACAUUUACCGCCAUUGAAAAAUUUGAUGAUACAAGAGUGGUAUUUGGAAAAGUAAUCAAAGGAAAUACUACACUGUGCAAACUGAACGAUUUAGGAAAACCAUUCGGUAGACCCAUUGCUCCGAUCCUCAUUAAUAAUUGCGGGAAAUAUACGAAGGGAAAAACGCCCUCUACUUUACGCAAAUUUAAGUACUAACAUUUUGAGCACCACUGAAAUAGAAUUUAAGUUGGUACAACCUAACCAAAUUUCAUUAUAGCAAAUUGACAUUUAUUGUACUUUUAAAGAACUGAUUUUUGUGAUUUUAUCGUCUAUUUUGUAUAAUUCGUUUAUAAUAAUCGAUCUUGUAACAUUUAUUUGGUAAUAAAUAACUAUAAUCCAA